AAAUUCCUCAGCUUCAUGUGGAACCCUUUGUCCUGGGUGAUGGAGGCAGCAGCAGUCAUGGCAUUGGUCUUAGUUGGCGGCGUAAGUUCUGGUCCUGACUGGGAGGAUUUUCUUGGAAUCGUCUGUCUUCUGGUUAUCAACUCAGUCAUCAGCUUCAUUGAGGAAAACAAUGCCGGCAACGCUGCUGCAGCUCUCAUGUCUCGCUUGGCACUGAAAACAAAGGUUCUCAGAGACGGACAAUGGCAGGAGCUGGAUGCUUCUGUCUUGGUACCAGGAGAUAUUAUCAGCAUCAGGCUUGGUGAUAUCAUUCCAGCGGAUGCACGCCUGCUAGAGGGAGAUCCUGUUAAAGUUGAUCAGUCAGCUUUAACUGGUGAAUCCCUUCCGGUAACCAAAAGGACUGGUGAUCUAGUGUUUACCGGUUCAAUCUGCAAACAUGGGGAAAUUGAAGCUGUUGUCAUUGCAACCGGCAUCAACUCUUUCUUUGGAAAGGCAGCCCAUUUGGUGGACUCCACAGAUGUUGUUGGUCAUUUCCAUAAGGUUCUAACCUGUAUAGGGAAUUUCUGUAUAUGCUCCAUUGUGGUAGGGGUAAUUCUUGAGGUUAUUAUCAUGUUCCCAGUACAGCACCGGUCAUACCAAAAUGGAAUCAACAAUGUGCUUGUUCUUUUGAUCGGUGGGAUACCUAUUGCGAUGCCAACCGUUCUUUCAGUUACUCUUGCAAUAGGUUCUCAUCACUUAUCUCAACAGGGUGCUAUCACUAAAAGGAUGACAGCCAUUGAGGAAAUGGCAGGAAUGGAUGUUCUGUGCUGUGACAAAACUGGAACUCUUACCCUCAACCAUCUUACAGUCGACAAAAACCUAAUCGAGGUGUUCAGUAGAGAAAUGGAAAAGGACAUGGUAAUUCUUUUAGCUGCAAGAGCCUCAAGAGUGGAGAAUCAAGAUGCAAUUGAUAUGGCCAUCAUUAACAUGCUAGCUGACCCCAAAGAGGCACGCGCCAACAUCACCGAAGUUCACUUUUUUCCGUUCAAUCCUGUCGAUAAGAGAACAGCUAUAACAUACCUUGAUUCCAACGGCAAUUGGUUCCGGGUUAGCAAAGGUGCUCCAGAUCAGAUCUUGAAUUUGUGCUACAACAAAGAUGACAUUGCUGAAAAGGUGCAGAUUGUAGUCGACAGGUUUGCCGAGAGGGGCCUCCGUUCACUUGCAGUUGCUUACCAGGAGAUACCAGAAAGAUCAAAGCACAGCCCCGGUGGGCCAUGGACCCUCUGCGGUCUUCUGCCGUUGUUCGAUCCGCCGCGGCACGACAGCGCCGACACCAUCCUCAGAGCUCUCGAUCUUGGUAUCUGCGUGAAGAUGAUCACUGGUGAUCACCUGGCCAUUGCAAAGGAGACCGGCCGGCGCCUGGGGAUGGGCACGAACAUGCACCCGUCGGCGUCACUGUUCGGCCGGCGCGAGCGUGACGGCGAAGACGCCGCGACGGUAGUCCCCGUCGACGAGCUCGUGGAGAAGGCUGACGGGUUCGCUGGCGUGUUCCCGGAGCACAAGUACGAGAUCGUGAGGAUCUUGCAGGGGAACGGCCACGUGUGCGGGAUGACGGGCGACGGCGUGAACGACGCGCCGGCUCUGAAGAAGGCGGACAUCGGCAUCGCGGUGUCCGACGCCACGGACGCCGCGAGAGGCGCGGCCGACAUCGUGCUCACGGAGCCCGGCCUCAGCGUGAUCGUCAGCGCCGUCCUCACCAGCCGUGCCAUCUUCCAGCGCAUGAAGAACUACACGGUUUACGCUGUGUCCAUCACCAUACGGAUAGUGCUAGGAUUUGUUCUCUUGGCAUCAAUAUGGGAGUACGACUUCCCUCCGUUUAUGGUUCUGAUUAUAGCCAUACUGAAUGACGGGACCAUCAUGACGAUAUCGAAGGAUCGUGUGCGGCCAUCGAGAAGGCCGGAUAGAUGGAAGCUGAAUGAGAUAUUUGCAACUGGCGUCGUCAUGGGAACCUACCUAGCACUGGUCACGGUGCUCUUCUACUGGGCAGUCACAAGGACCGCAUUCUUUGAGGUAACAUUUGCAGUGAGACCUCUCAAGGAAGACGUGGAGAUGAUCUCGUCCGCGAUGUAUCUACAGAUCAGCAUUAUCAGCCAGGCUCUGAUCUUCGUCACACGCAGUCGUGGCUUGUCUUUCCUCGAAAGGCCUGGAGCUCUGUUGAUCUGUGCUUUCGUUGUAGCACAACUGGUGGCCACCCUUGUUGCCGUCUAUGCGACAAUCGGCUUCGCAUCGAUCAGCGCCAUAGGAUGGCGCUGGGCCGGCGCCAUAUGGCUAUACAGUCUGGUGUUCUAUGUGCCACUUGAUCUGAUCAAGAUUGCCGCCCGGUACAUCCUCAGUGGUAAAGCAUGGAACUUGCUGUUCGACAGGAAGACUGCAUUCACAAGGAAGAACGACAUCUGGAAGGAGGACCGGGGCGCCAGGUGGGCGCUUUCACGGAGAGAUGUUCAGCGGAGGGCUUUCUCUGAUCAUCUCCUCAGCAGCACAACACCAUCUUCUAGGAGUAGGAUCUCAGAUCAGGCGAGGUGGCGCGCCGAGAUAGCCAGGUUGGGAGAGAGGCAUGCACUGAGAGCUAGCGUGGAGUCUGUGAUGAGGCUGAAGCGUGUGGACUCUCACGUCAUCCGGACUGCUCAGACAGUCUGAGCUGCUAGCUGCUUUGAGCCUUGAGGUGGUGGUGUUUUGAUCAGAGUGAAAAGGUCGUGUAGUUCCUCCGAAGCAUAGCUUGAAACUAGUUUUCCUUUUUUAUAACUUAGAUAUUUUCAGCUUAUCAUAUCUCAAUCCAUCCAUCUUUAGAUAUUUUUUUUGGAAUUUUUGGAAUCUUAGAGGCAUUUUUUGUGGUUUAAUAAACUUAUAUAGUAUUCACCUGUUUUUUAGCUGAAAAAGAACAAAACCGCCAU